AUGGGUGGCUGGGCGAUAUUUUGCGCUAUCUGCGGAGGUCCAUUCUCCAGCCAGGUCGACAUGGACUGCGAAGGGACCGACGAAAGGGCCUAUCGUUUCGACAUUCUCGAGGACUGCAACCUGGAGUGGCUCGACAAACUACGCGCCCUAGGAAUGAAUCCCGACGCUACCGGAAGUGACAAGUCGUUUCUGACGGGAUCUGGUCGCUACUUUGACUAUCCCUCCGGGGCACUAGAACUAGCCGUCAAUAAUAAAAACCGCUUACUAGAUAUGAACAUCCCAUACCCGAAGAAUGAGAUUGUGCCCAUGGUCGCAUAUCACGACUUCGCGGAAAUCGGCACACCACAUGUGUUUCCCUUUCACUCCGUUUGCUACGAGGUUCUGAGGAGAUGCAUCUCCCUGAGGAAGCCAGGUGAAAUUCGGGAACAUACGCUGUAUCAGGUUUUCGAACACGCCAACGGUGGCCGGUAUGUCCGGCUGCAACUUGACUAUGGCGACCCAGAACCCCCCGCAGAGCAGGUGUGGGAGAAUCUCCGAGGACAGGAGAUUCUAGUAGUAAAUCCAGUCGACAUACCGGAGCUCGAAUCGGAGAUCAGCGAUAUCAAGUGCUUGUUAGACACGAAAACCUACCUAGGUAAUAAGACGAAGCUCCGUGAAGAGGAUAUUUUUAGUCGUCUUCCGAUCGAACUGCGACACGAAAUAUUCAAGCACCUUCGCCCAGAAUCAGUUUUGGCUCUCAAGGCGGCCUCGUGGGUCAUGCACGCUACCUUGAUUCCACGCUCCAUGUGGGAGGCCAAGUUAGUCGAUACAUAUCCAUGGCUGUGGGAGGUGCUCGAACUCUCGGUUUUCCAAUCACAGGAGAUCGAGGAGAAGGCUUUUAGGCUGCUUCUCGCUUGCAGUGAGCACGGCGAGUCCACGAGCAAAAGUUAUGGCUAUACCCUGGGCCUCGCCAACAGGAGAAGGAUCUGGGGAGUAUGCGAACAGAUUCGGAGUCGAUAUUUAAAAUAG